UGUGUUACUCUCGAGCAGCCGUGAACGCGCCUCACAGACCAGACAAGCAGGAAACAGCGGCGGUCGUUUAAGGCCCGACACGGGCAGCACAGUCGGUCCACCUGUCCGAUAAAAGACAGUUUUUCAUCAAGAAGUGACACUGGUUCUUGUUCGAAAUGCUGCUGAUCGCAUCUUUGGUCCUUCUGGGGACCCAGCUGAUGGUUAACGGCGAGAGGCAUUCCCUCAUUUACACCUAUUCGGCCCUCUCCAAGCCCGUCGAUUUGCCGGGCAUCCAUGAGUUCACCGCCAUGGGUCUGCUGGACGACAGGCCCAUCGACUACUACGACAGCGAGACAAAGGUGAAAGUUCCCAAACAACCCUGGAUGAAGGAGCGACUUAAGCAGGAUUAUUGGGACAAAGGAACUCAGUCCCGCCGAAGCAAGCAGCAGUGGUUCAAGGUCAACAUCGAUAUUCUGAUGAAGCGAAUGAGGCAGAAUGACACAGACGUCCAUGUUCUCCAGUGGAUGCAUGGCUGUGAGGGCGAUGUCCAGCCUGACGGCUCUCUCAAAUUUGUCAAUGGCAUGGACAUGUACAACUACGAUGGAGACGACUUCCUGUCAUUUGAUGAUGCAAACGGCGUCUGGAUCGCCUCGGUUGAAGCGGCGCUGCCAACCAAGAGGAAGUGGGACGGCGUCCAGGUCCUGAAAGAGUACACCCAGGGCUACCUGGAGAGUGAGUGCGUGAAGUGGCUGAAGGAGUUCAUGGAGUGCAGGCAACAGCAGCUGAAAGAAGUCUGUAAGUAUGACAAGAAAUAA